GAGCUUUGUCACUCCGUUAGUCCAAUAGCUUGCGUGGCAUUUGACAUCCAAUUGGCUCCAACGUGGCUCCAACAUGGCUCCAAUAUGGCUUCUGUGGGUCAAUUAAAUACAAAUCCAUCGACCCCUCAAAUUCCCGAAGGAUUUGGGGAUUUAGGGUUCUUCAAAUUUCUCUCAAUUCUCAUACCAUUCUCUUCCACUGAUCUCUUCUAAUUCUCUGAUUCUCGAUUCUCGAUUCCCUGACUCUCCUUCUCAAUGGACCCAUCCAUAACAUUGAGAUACCCAAAAGAUUUGGGAUUUUAGGGUUCUGAAAAUUUCUCUCAAAUCUCUUACCAUUCUCUGCCUCCAAUAUCUUCUAGUUCUCCGUUUCUUUGUUUCUCUGGUUCUCUUUCUCAAUCGUGAAGAUGCCUCGAUCUCAGUCCUCACAAGCCCAAUCCUUUGCCUCUACACCGAAAAGCUCUACACCAAAAAGCUUUGCAAACAAAAAAUCUGCACCCAAAAAGUCAUUCGGGAGUUGCUUGGUGGUGACAGGGUUCUUUAAACCAGAAUACAGGUAUGAAGGUAGGACACGGUAUUGUAAUUAUGGCACUGUUUCUCCAAGAAUCACUGCAUGGACUGAAUUAAAUGUAGGAAGGAGAUUUUAUGGUUGUCGAUAUUAUGGGGGAACGAUGCUUUUUUUUUUUUUUUCCAAUUACUAUGUUUUUCAACAAGAGGAAGUGGAAACUUGUAAUGCAUUUGAGUGGCAUGAUGCUGAGAUUGUGGGAAGAGCACAUGAUGUUAUUUGGCACCUAAAAUUGGAAUAUGAAAGUUUGCAAUCUGAUUUUGAUGAGCUUAAAGAACACCAAAAUGGUGGAAAUGAUGACAUUGCCAAAGCUUUUGAGAAGCUGACUGCAAGGGUGAUAUCCAUUGAGUCUGCCAUUGAACAGAUGAAUAAAUUUCAAAGGAAAUUCUUUGUUGUGCUUUUGGGUUUGGUGGUUUUGUUUUUGUUUAGUAAAUUGUGAAUUGGCAGUAACUGCAGGAAUAUAGCAUUUAUUAGGUCGUUUUUGAUCUUGUUUUCUAGCCAACUAGAAAAUGGCUAUGCUUGUAUGAUGGCCAAGAAGAUAAUGGCUAUUUUUUUGUCUUAGAUAAUGCCAUAAGUCAUGUCUAAUGUAUAUCUAUCAAGUUAAAGGAAAUGAAAAUCUAACUUUCAU